GAGGAGAUCCUCUACACUAGGGCACUAAGAGGUUGAGAAUGAGGAAAAGUGCCUAAUGAUAGUAUGACCGAGGCUCUCAGUUAAUGCGAAGAACGGAGAUCGUCGCUAAAAUAUACACGAAGUCUCUUAGAUAAACGUAUCCACAAUAAACAUAGUGAUGAUGAUCAAUCUGUGUUUGAUCCUGCUUACCAACUUUGGUAUUCUUGAUAAAUCCGUCGGACUUAGCAUCACGGCCUUGCCGCUUUACAUAGUGAAUCAGUCAUACUAUGACGCGUUACACCAACUCACGGUGGGGCCAGCUGGAACUAUAAUCUCCCGUCGUACUCUAUUUGUAGAGUAUCAAGUAUAUUUUGAUAUAUUAGCGCCUCAAUAUAAUCAUGUUAUUUGUGGAAAUGUAUGUCCACUUCGUGAUUACGGUGAGCGUGGUUUAGCCAUGAUUCACCAAGGUAACUUUCCCACCAGCUGUCGGUCAUGAUUGAGGAUUUCAGAAGAUGCAAAGACGGCUAUGUCUCUUAGGACUCGUUUUCCUAAAUGUUCGGCCAGAGAUAAAUUUGCUGUACGGUUAACUCAAAGAGUCACAUAGCGCAAAACGUUGCAAUUAACAGUGAGCGGUGAAGAGAUGGGCUACGCCGGAACUUCCACUUAUGGUGUGCUGCAUCAU